AUGUUGCAGAUAGCCGCUUCUGCAAAAGUGGUACAGCUUAGACAAGCGUUUACAGCUGUUGUUUCUGCAACUACAUUCGCUUUGUUUCAAGCAAAACAGCGGUUAAGCUUUCUUGGAACUGUUGAUACCAAUCUUCGAACGGACAGUUCUGAAAAUAGUAAUUCUUCACAUAAAAGUAAUAAUGGAAAUUUUGAAAAGCGAAGUGGGUUGGAAAUGCCAGUAAGAUCAAAUUAUUGUGCUCCAAGGUUACCUAUCAUCUUGUGUCAUGGUUUAUUUGGAUUUGAUAAACUUGGACCUUCAUCUAUACCUUAUUUGCAAAUUCAUUAUUGGGGAGGUAUUCAAGAAGCUUUACGAAAACUUGGUGCAAAAAUCGUCGUUACUAAGGUUCCAAGGACUGGUGAUGUUAGAGCUCGAGCUCAGGUUUUACAUGAAACGUUGGAAACCGUCUAUUCGGGAGGAAUUGAUGUGAACUUGUUGGCUCAUUCAAUGGGCGGACUUGAUUGUCGUUAUUUAAUUGCACACCUUCCUACAGAACAUUGUACAGUUCGUUCAUUGACUACCAUCGCGACACCACAUCGAGGAAGUCCUUUUAUGGAUUGGUGUAGAGAUAAUAUUGGGGUUGCGAAGUCUGAUGAAGCGACGGCAAAAGCUGUGGAUGAUGUUAUAAGACGAAUUGAAGAUCGAAUUUCUCACAAUAAUUCAAAAGAACAAUCUCAUUACAAUAUAAAACCGUCUCCACCUUUUCGUGACAAUAAUAAUGAUAAUCAACAGACAUUAAGAAAAAAAUAUGAAGAUAAUCCUAAUAACAAGGAGAAUCAAGUUCAGAAAAUGAAUAAUGAUAAUGAUCAAAUUGUUAAAGAUAAAAAAUCUUUCAACAUCAAUUUACCAAAUAUCUCAAUUCCUAAUUUAAAUUUUAAUCUUUCUUUACCUAAUAUAAAUCUCUCAAAUAUUAAUUUAUCUUCUAUCCCACAAACAACAUAUUCUUUACUUCAUCCCGUUACAAAAUUACUAAUUCAAGUGUUGGAUACACCAGCCUAUAGUAAUCUUACAACGGAUUUUUGUGUUAACCAUUUCAAUAAGAAUACACCAAAUCAUCCUUCGGUUGGUUAUUAUUCAUACGGUGCGGCAGUAGAUUUACCAAUUUGGUCACCAUUAUAUUUUCCUCAUCAAGUAAUUAAAGACAAGGAAGGUCCAAAUGAUGGGUUGGUUAGCAUAAAAUCUGCACAGUGGGGUAAGUAUGUUCGAACUGUUGAAUGUGAUCAUUGGGAUUUAACUGAUAGGUGGAGGAUUAAGAUCGGUUCUAAUUUUGAUCCUGUCGAAUUUUAUUUAAGUGUUGCUACUUUUCUAGCUAGUGAAGGAUAUUAA